AUGUGUGAUGAAUAUCCAAUUGCAUUCGAUAUUAUAUGGGCACUUUCAUUUAAUCAAGAUAUUCAACAACAACUUCGUUCUAAUUCAUCAUUCGUGCAUAAAUUAAUUCUACUAUCCAAAGAAUGUGAUAAAGAACAAAUGAGAAAAAUCAUACAUGGAAUUCUAUGGAAUCUUGAAAUUAAUCAUGAAAGUCAUUCAACAUUAAGUAUUGACGAUGAAAAAACAUUUGAUAUUAUGAUUAGUUAUUCACAUAAAGAAAAAGUUCUCUGUAAACAAAUCUAUGAUGAAUUAAUUAUAUUUGUUUAUGGUGUCUGGANCUAA